AUGCGCAAGGAUAAAAGCAACUGUGCCACUGACGCUUUCACUCUCUUCGCCGAAGAUCCGACGAAGAAGCAAGCUGCAGCCAUCAAGAAGAAGAUUAAGCAGCUCGCCCGCCAACAAAUGAUAACACCAGACGACGCCAAGGGGAUGAUCCUCGAUGAUUACCGCAUCGGACGUGCAUAUGGUCUCCCAAAACGGCACAAACCAGAUGUCCCACUACGGAUCAUAGUACCAUUCAUCGAGUCACCCACUUACAAUAUGGCAAAGUGGUUGUGCAGGGAUUUGAAACACCUAACCCAUGGAUCAGAGUACAGCAUCAACAACUCACAGUUAUCCUUUCCUAGGAUGCAUGACCGCAGACCCAAAAUUUGGCUCCGUUAUGUAGAUGACACGUUUGUCACAAUAAAUAACAACGAUGCCAAAAUGGUACACCAGAGACUAAAUGAGGUCUUCCGAGCCAUACAGUCUACUCAUGUAGGCGCAGUAGGAGACUCGCUGCCUUUUCUCGAUGUUAGAAUACAGAAACUGAGUGAUGGCAGUCUAGCCAAAAACGUCUAUAGGAAAGGAUCAAAUGCGGAUAUUAUCCUAAAUUAUGGCAACAACGACCUCGCAGUUCCGAAAAGAAGUUGCGUCCAAACUCUGUUCCACCGCACUUAUCGCAAUUGCAACGGCGAUGAUCUCUUCAAUGAUGAACUCGCUUACCUUUAUCAGUUGUUUCAAUCUGAUGGAUAUUCGAUGAGUUUCGUCAAGAACUGCCUCAGCGUCAAGCACAACUGA